AUGGGUAGGAGUUUCUAUGAGGUGCUAGGAGUCCCUCAUACGGCAGCCCCGGACGCCAUCAAGCGGGCAUACCGUAAGCAAGCCCUGCGCUGGCACCCCGACAAAAACCGUGACAAUCGCCAGGAGGCAGAGGCUCGGUUCAAAGAGAUUUCAGAGGCAUAUCGUAUACUAUCGGAUCCAGAGAAACGCGCCGUGUACGACCGCUUUGGAGAAGAGGGUAUCAGGAUGGUCGGGCCAGAUGGAAGCGUGGCAGCGUCAGGGCAGCCGCGGGUUGUCUUUUCUGGCAUGCCGUUUGCCAAUCUAGAUGAAGCCUUCAAGCUGUUUGAGCAAGUCUUUGGAAGCAUGGAUCCGUUUGCCUCUGAAUUUGAUAUGGGGAUGACUGACUUUGGCACGUUUCCGUCCAUGAACGAGACCAAGUGGCGGCCAAGGCCUCAGAAAAAGCGUAAGGAUCCGGAUGUUUUCGUUGAUCUGGAACUAACCCUUGAAGAACUAUACUUCGGGGCCACGAAGCUUCGCAAAGUUACUAGGCGCGUAAUGAUGGCAGAUGGGUCGUCAGAGUCCAAGGUGGAGAUGCUUGAGAUAAUCGUCAAACAGGGCUGGUCGGAGGGCACACAAAUCCGGUUUAAGGAGCUAGGAGAUGAAGCACCAAACAUCACACCUUCGGAUCUCGUUUUUGUUGUCAAGGAGCUCCCCCAUCCUAACUUCCUAAGAGAAGGAGACAAUCUUGUUGUGACGUGUAACGUUCCCCUCAGAAACGCCCUCUGUGGCUAUCAAACAGAGCUCAAAACCCUUGACAAUCGUACGCUGCACAUAGUUGUAUCAGAGGUCAUCAUCCCCGGCAACGUGAAGACAAUCCACGGCGAGGGAAUGCCUCUGAGUGCAGACCCGCGACAACGUGGUCUUCUCCUCAUCAAGUUCAAUGUGCAAUUCCCAUCACACAUCCCGGAGGUCAACAAGGCCGCUCUCAUGGAGCUGCUGCCGCCAAAUUAA